ACGCCGCCGGGAUGGGCAUGAACGUGAACGUCACGUUCCGGGCGCCGCGCUACGUGCUCUUCGGCGACCGCGCUCCGCUCUACUGCGAGUACGACGUCGCCAUCGAGGCCCUCCACAAAGUCGAGUGGCUCAAGAACAACAAGAAGAUCUUCCAGUUCGUCCGCGGCCGCAACCCCCCCUUCAAGAUCUACCCGCACAACCUCGACAACGGAGCCACCCUCGACGGCCCUGCUUGUGCCGUUGUGCAACAUUGGCAACCGUGCGUCUAUACACCUGACACGCCGCCAUUGACAACACAACAAGCAGAGCCGUGCGAUAUAAAACUCAAGGAUGCAGAAAACGACGAGAGGCACGUCACGUUAAAGAAUGUCAAUUUUUCCGCCUCGGGAUUGUAUUCUUGUGCGGUUUCGCUGGAAUCGCCCAUCUUCACCAAAGCGUCGAACGAGGCAGAACUUACUGUGAUGCAGAGCCAGACUGAAGGCCCGUACAUUACGAUGCCAAAACCCGAAUACUCGGUUGGCGACCAACUAGACAUGAAUUGCACGUCUAGUCCAGCGGUGCCUGAUCCGGAAAUCACGUGGAUUCUCAACGGGAAACAGGUGGAGCGAAGUUUCAUCCGGACGUUUCCGGUGGACAACCGGGGGCUGGGGGCCGGGCUCAACGGGGGCAUGUCGGGGGCGGUGAAGCUGGCGCUCCCCCUCACCGAGGCCCACGUCCCCAAGAUCAUGCUCACCUGCCUCUCCACCAUCCCCGCCUACCUCGGGCCGGGCGCCAGCCGCCUCGACUACGCCGACUACCGGGCCAACAGCGUUUCCAUUGCCGUGAAGCCCGCUGCCGAGCCGAUCACGUCCAGUGCCGUCGCUGAUGAGGGCGCCACCGUCGUGCCCGAGUUCUCGUCGCUGGUCCUCAUUCCCGUCGCAUGGAGGCUGUCUCUCCUACUUCAGUCGUACUCCUUGUAAAUCAAUUGUUUUCUACAAGACUGAUCGACCGAUGCUACAACCAAAAGGCUCCCAAUCCUUGUAGACGAAACGUGGGAAAACUACACCGGAUUAGUCCUCUCAAUUGCCAUAUUUGCCGAAAUUAGGAGAAGCGAAUUUUCCGCGAGUGGAUUCGGAUCCUUUCCACGUGCUGCCAACCUCUGUUAUUACGGAACGGACUUCUCUUCAAUUACGGUGCAGUUUUCCAUGUUGGCAGCAAUGACGAUCAAAUUCAAAAUUUUGGACUCAUCUCCCGAAGAGGGUUCAUAGAUUAGACGGCUGCUGAUUCUGAAUACGGGCAAUUAAACCUUAAAGUUUAGAUUGCGGUAGUCUUUUCUGGUUUUCUUUGUAAUCCUGUCAAAUUGGAUUCCAAAAAAAUGAGCCGAAUAACCCGAAAACUCCAUUAGAUUAUUAUCCUCUUAAUAAUUGUAAUAAUAUCGAAUUGGGUGGCUCGGUUUUAACUUUAUCGGAAUUCAAAAAUGGGUGAUAAGAACCCAAUGUUCCUUAUUGGUCCGAUAAGAGGUCCGCAUUUUCAAAAUUGGAAAAUUUGAAUAUCCAGGGCUUGUAGGAUAGUCCCUCUCUGUAAGUCUCAAGCACAGUUUUUAACAUUAGACAAUUUUUCUAACGUAAUAGUGCGGUAUAGUUUGGUUUUAUCCUCGAAUUUAAACCAAGACUGAUUGAACUAGUGCUCGUUUAUGCUGUUGUGAAUUUUUUUUUCUUAUUUUCCAAAAAAGAAGCAAACAGGAAAUAACUUGAUGCAUGACGUUUCUAAAAUAAAUAAAAAAAUCGUUUUAUCGGAGAAAAUUUAGAAUGGUAGUGUGGUUUGCAUCAUUCGCAGAAUAAAUUAACCCAUAAAACUUUCCCGUCGACAAUAAAUAUCCAAGGAGUAACGUUGGAGUUUCAAAAUUUCCAAAAUCACUCUGAAUAGAAGGUUUCGUGAAAAGUUGGGAACCCGGAAGCUUCUGUUGACCGGGAGAGAAGAGAGGGAGAGAGGGAGGAUCGCAAGUGAAAACAUUUGCGACUCCGACGAGGAAUGGUAAACACAUAGGUCAAAGUAAAUAGCUGAUUUACUUGCAUCGUAAGAGCUCACUUUUGUUUGUCUUUCCAAGUUCUUUCACGUUCUUUCCCAGCUUCCGGAGGGGAUGAACCACCCCCUCCCCUUCUGCCCGUGCUAACGCCACCACUCUCUUACAUCUUACACUCACACGCGAGUCUCCUAAACCAUUUAAAUUUAAGGUGAGGAGUACGCUUUACCCCCCAACGAUGGGUUUAAAAAUAUAGUCAAAGAAUCACCCUCUCGAUUCGCUUUCCUACAAGGAGAGCUGAAAAUCCAAGAUCGGACACUGAUGGCCUUUCUGUGAUGUUAUGGUGCAGUGGCGUGGCUUGCUUUGCGAUAUAUAGAUUGAUCUGCCAUUUAAACCUAUGGAAAAUAAUGGAUUGACAGGGUGUUCGCCACGAACACCUUAAUAAUCAGUUCUUUACCACAGCUUCAAAUAAGGAAAGAUCGAUAAUCGAUUAUUAAAGCCGCGGUACUGUCAUGGUGAGAGCAUGGCGUUUUUUGAAUCGAAAAUCGGUUAAAAAUGCAUACAGGAAAUGAAUCUCAGAAUUCGAAUUUUCACCGAUUUUUGACAUCAAAACGAUGAAGAUUUUGCAGGUGUCUAUUUGAUGAAUUUCAUUUUUAAGUGAAAACUAUCUAGUGAAGCAAUCCCGAGAAUAUUUUUGUUUCUAAACUAAACAAUUAUCUAAGAUAUGGCAAAAUGAUCUAAUCUGCUGAAAUUCAUGUGCAUAAAUGGAAAAUGCCGUGUGAUGACGUCACAAGGUGGUACAUUCUUUCCUUUUUCUCGUGUUUUUCUAAAAUUUCCCAUUUCAGAAAAAAUUGUAAAAAGAACUGAAAAAGCGAACUGAUCGUAAGCUCGUUGAGCACUCUCAAAUUUUGUCGUGCAGAUUCUCCAUUAAGUGCUCGUUUAAGUAAACGUUGCAGCUGGUGACUCCGGUCUUGGAUUUUAAUCUCUAUUUCUGAUUGGCGGAUUGCAGAUACAUUAAUUUGUUUUGUAAACCUAUUCCUUUGUAUAAUAUUACAUUGCAACACUCGUAACCCAGUUCUGACCUGCGCAAACUUUAAAUUAUAACACUAAUUGGUCAAUAUCCCUCCCGAGAAAUAACCCAGAAGAGGGAAUUUUGAGCCGUCAGAAUUAAGAUGAAUCAUCUUGUCAGCACGCAAUUCGUAUCAUUGACGCACAUCAUCAUUUUGAGGGUGAUGAUGGAAUUUUGCUUUUCAUCUUCACGGCAUCGACUCUCUAAAGAGAUAUCAAAAAUCUAUUGUUUCAAUAUCAUGCAAUAUACCAGACCAUACGGUACAAUUGUACAAUAAAUUGUAGAAUAGUACUUGUUUUAUAAAUGUUUAUCUGUGUACUUGCAUAUUCUGAGUAUGCAAAGCUUUUAGCCGAAGAGAAUGUGUUUGUUUAUUUU